AUGAGAGAUCCUAGUUUUGGCGGAAGAGGUGCCGAAAACCGCCAAAAAAACCAAGGUUUUAAGCCAAAAAACGAUCAAAGUUCGACGUUCGACGAUGGACUCUUUGAUAAAUUGCAAGAAUUGGUGUCUGCCAUUGAUCUCGUCAAUGAUACGGUGUCUAAUGAUUUCAGGCCGGUAAUUUCGUUUUUCAGCAGCAGGUUUGCGCCACAACUGACGCAAGCUUGGUCCUACUAUGCACAAGUUAAUAACCACGCAAAGUUUACAAAUUGCACAUCGAAACUUGCAAAAGCCCUUAGGGUGCUAGGGUCGGAUGCUAGCACAUUGGAAUACGGCUCUUCCUUGAUUCGUUCAAUUUUGCACGAGAACGUCAAAAUCCUCUACCGUGGGCUUAACAAUAUGAAACCGGCAACCACGAACUCGGUUCUACGUCUUUUGCGACAAAUAGCUGCAUUUAAUGGUGGUCAAUACGUUGAUGAUUUUCUUACGUACUUCGAUCUGGCCUUGCCAAGUCUCGUUCGCAUUCUGACCCCUACCCGAACUGAAUUGGCAGAUCCCGAAAAUUGCAAGGCUAAUCCUGAUAUGUCAAUGCGCUAUAAUUUCCUGGUAUUUUGGCUCACUCUGAUAGAAAACGCCAAUCCGAUUUUGCGGAAAGCCGUGCUAACAGAAAAUUCACGAAUUAUGAGUUCAUGGUUCAAACAUAUGACAAAAGUGGACUCUGUCAAGGUAAUAAGGAAUUGCCUCAGUACAAUGAAGGACAAAGUGUUGCGAGAAAAAUCGAUGAAAAAAGUCACAAAAUGUAAGAUUUUGAACGAGUUUUUCAUCAGCAAAGUUCAUUAUUUUUACCGUUCCAGUGAUGUCGAGCUUGUCAAAGCUGUCGACGAGUUUUUUGAGCUCUAUUCGACAGCCAACGAUUGCAGUGUCGCGUUUUCGGACGAAAAAUUGUGGUUUUCCGAGCCCGUGUAUGCCAAGGUAGGAUCUCAAGCGCUGAGCAGUGGAGCUAUGGUUACGGUAAACAAUAAAAAGUUUUAUCUUUACAAUAAGCUUCUUUUCACAAUGCUGACUUUUUUUAAACCCUGGGAAGAUGAAACUCAGUUGAACAGGGUGAUCCAGACUCUGCAGUCAAUUCCCGAGCUAGUCGCACCUUACUGCGCCUUUUUGAAUACACUAGGCAACCACGAGCCUAAAAUGACAUCCUACUGGUUUGGAAUGACUCUCUUCCUAGGGCGCAUUAUAAACUUACCAAUUGAUCAGAGAAUUUCAGACGUCCAAACUGACGAGCAACCCGUGUCAAGUAUAGUCAUGGAAUCAAUUUCACCAUCCCCAUUGACUAAAGCCUCAUUGACCAAGGCCUUACUGCACGACGUGCCUCUGGUCAAACAAAUGGCCUGCCAGCUCCUCAUUUUUUCUUUUAAGAAACUGGAACAAGUGUUCAAACUCUACGACGACAAGGGGUGGACUUCUGCUAAGUCAGAUUUGGCUGUCCGCUUAAAGGCAGCACUGCCAGAGCUAUCUACGAUUUCUGCGACUCUUGCAUUUGUUAGUCGUGAUAAUAGCGACAACAAAAUUCUUGCUGCGUCAGUAUCGCUCGUACUGAACCAUUACAGCAAGCUUUUUCCACUAGGAUUCGUUCUAUCGUUGCCUACUGAUAACAUUUACUCAAAAGUUAUCGUUUCAAAGUCAUUUUCAGCGUUGGAUCUUGUCAUUAUCGACAACUUUCUACAAUUUCAAGAGCUCAACAAUUCGCAAACAAAGUGGUACAAUCCAAAUGGCAAUGAGUUUUCUACAUUUACGAAUUUACUCAAAUUGGCAUCUUCUACAAAUGCCACAGCAUCUCUUACCAAAAAAGUCACAUCGUUACUUAACUCCCUUUUAAAAUUUACUGCGGUCUUUAAUGAAACGCUGAUAGCUUCUCCCAUUCUCGCACUCAUCAACAGUCUCCAGAUUGUCGCUAGAACUGAAGGAACGGAUGAAACUAUACAGCAAGAGAAAAUAUGGAAACUUCUGGACGAGACAAUCUCAAGAUGCAUGAAAACUCCCUACAAAUAUGUGGAUAACUCGGCAUCCUUCUCAUACUGCUCCCCAUUUUUGGUUGCUUUGGUAGAACAGUGGCACUACGUAGACACUACAAGUGCCUUUGACCUGGCACUCAAGUGGUUGCUUAUUUUUGCCAGAAACGCUGUCUUCAUCGGAGAGCCCUCAGAUGGUGCAAGACAAUUGUUAAGAUCGGUGCCAACAAUUCCUGAAUCUUUAAUAACGACUUUCCUACCUUUGGAAAACGACGACGCAAAGUUGAAUUCUCUGCGACAACCGCAGAACUUGGUGAUCGGUGAUGUAGAAUUCUCUUUCUUUCAACUCGUCACUCUGACACCAGUGGUCGAAUUGGCUGCCCUAGCAAGAUAUCCAGUCAAUGACUUUGAUAUAUCUGGACUUGUCAAGCGCCUUCUUUCAAUCUUAGAUCAUGACCAGGAUAAGAUAAGCUUUGAAGACUUUUCAUCUAUUGUUGAUAACUUGCUUUCUAAAGUUGUGAGCUAUGCCCUAUCGCAGAAAAGUUUCAGAGUCAAGCUUGUUGAAGAACGAUUUUUCGAAAAAUUCAUGGUGCGCAAAACAAUAGACACCGCCAAUUCGACAGCAUGUGAGAAGUACGCGUACGUCUCAAACAGCAUGUUGAGUAUUUAUUCUCAACUUGGAGAGACUAUGAUGUCUCUCCAACACUACAUUCGCGAUCUCUGGGUAACAUGCGCGAACACAUGGGAAACCAAUGGGUUACUAGCUUCUGUGUUGGAAAACGGGUUGCCUUUCUUAAACCCUGAUCAACUUAACGAGGUCCUUCAAUCCUUGAUAUCACACCGUCAUCUACUUUUGCCUCUCGUUGUUAAGGAGCUUUACAGUCGGAAAAUCGAAAUAACCAACGGCCAAUUCAUGAGCUUGCUUUCGCAACAUGACACUGCUCUUGUUUCCUCAUUGCGUGCAUACAUCGAAUCCAAAAUGGUGAAGACGCCACAAUUAAUUGAGAUUGUUCCCACCGCUUUACAGUCUUCGUGUAGCAAACCAAUUAUCGAGGAAAUCCUGAAAUUGAAGGAAGGUGCAGGUGUUUUACUAAAAUUCGUCAACUUGAUCAAAGACCAGGGUUUAAUCAUCAUGACAGCAGCGGCUUUAAGCUCUGCAGAAAGGGAGAUUGAACCAGCUUUUUCGAGUAAUGCUUUACUCAUUGCUUUAGAGAAUCUGAAGACGUUUAAGGAUGUAGACCUCGACGCAGCAAUCAAAUUAUUGGUGAAGAAUCUAGAUAGCCUUUCUGACGUCCGCCGACGUGAGAUUGUCGAAAUCAUUACCACUAGACCGGACGGUAGAUUCACUCCACAAGUUCCAAAUCUACUCCUGCAUCUAGUUACUGAGAAUGAGAAGGGCGUACGGUCAUGGAUUCAGAUGUCUCUUCUUUAUAUUACAAAAAAUAUUGUGGAAAGAGCAAGACCAUCAGAACGUUUCUCUGAGUUUCUGAGAAGUUUUCUCAACCUUCAUGAUAAACUAAACCUUUGGAAUCAAAGGUUCACAACAAGCCUUAAUUCACAGGUACAAGCUAUUGUCGGCGGAGACUGGGUCUCCUUCCCUGACAUCAUGGAGUAUCUCAACUGCAUUAUUCUAGGAGCAGCGAAAACACAGCUAAGCGGCAGCAAAAUGCUACAACUGCUACUGAACAACGACAAGAUGUAUUUCAACAGUGGCGCAAAUGAUCCUCAUCUUAAAUUUUUGACGGUCAGUUCCAUUUUUAUUCUUUUCAACGUUGAUCCGGCUGGAUGCUCUAACCUAAUAAUUCAAGAGCAGUUACUGCAAUUUUACGGGGGCACAAUAUGCCCAUCUGACAGAAUGAUUUUAAGCAUACUGGAACAGAUCGAAUCCAAAACUCUUUCCGCAUGGACCAGUCGCAUUUUUGCUUGGGAUUAUCAAGAUGUUUCUGAAGAUAUCGGUGAAAACGAACCUGACUAUCAUGUCAUUGUGAAGGAGAAGGAAGGCUUCAUAGUGACGAUAAAAAAAGAAAUGGUUAGCUUCAGUGUGGACAAUUUUGCUUUGACAGUAUCACAGCUGCCGGCUUUGACUCGCAAGAAUCCGUCGCACAUGUGGACCGAAUUUGUCUCUCUUCAAGAGCAAAGCGAUCUCCAAUACAAAGGAUUGCAAUACAAGAUUUAUGAUCCUAUGUUUUUGUUGCUUUCGAUAGUGAACAAUGAUGAGCUUUUUAGGUCCAAUUCUUCCACUUUGAACGAUCAAUCGGAUGCUUCUUUUUUCGACAUGAAAAAAAUCGUGGAAUCGGGUUUGUUAGAAUUCAUUAUAAUGUGUCUGGCUACUGAAAACGAGGUUGGUGAACUAGCUUUAUUAUUGAUUUACAAAAUGCUGGAUACCUUGGAAGUCGGCAAUUUUCGAGACAAGCACGCUUACAAGCUUCUACUGAUGAAGGUUGCGUUCACAUUAUACUCGGACCCGAAUAGCGGUGAGUCCGAGGACAAAAAAGUCCCACCGUUGCUUUGGUACAUGGUGGCACGUUUGUCGAGCGUAUUAAGCCAGCCGUCUUCUUUCCUCUAUGAAAAGGCCAACCGAUGGGUGCUUGCGUCUCCUUCUAUUAAAUCUUGGCAACUUCCACUAUAUGAAUCUGCCGUACUAGCAACUAGGGAUGAUGAUGCAGAACAAUAUUAUCGAUAUCUGCAUUGGUUUCUCGAAAGUAUCCAGCAGGGUUUGAAAACGGAUCAAGAUUUCAACCUUCUUCGGUCCCGAGGCCUUCUUGAAUGGAUCUUAAACUUGUUGAACUCGCCAUAUAUCACUUUCAAAUUGCGGAGUCUGAUAACCUCAAUUAUCCACAAGGUUGAAAGAUUGGAAACAGGUGGUCCGUCAUUUUUAACUCGAUAUGCCGGUGCAUCUUUUUUGGAGAACUUGCAAGUCCAGACUCAAGAGAAAAUUCAGGCGUCAAAGAUAGAACUACCUUCACACACGAAAAACAAGCUACAUCUGAUGCAAAACUUAAUUUUGCAGCAAUCUCGAAUCAACCUUUCUGAGCUGGGCACUGGUUUGGCUGUCGUUGCAAAUUCCCGUAAGCGACUUGUGGACUGGAUGGAAACAGAUUCUGACAAUUUUUUGAAGCGCAUCCGUACUUCGGACUAG